GCAGAAAGGCGCGGGCAAGCGGCGAGGCGGCGUCCGGGAAAAACCCCAGCGUCCGGUCCGUCGCUCCGUCGAGACGAUGGUCCUGCUGGUCCUCCUGGCCUGGCUCUCGCCCUGGCUUUGCCCGGUGGCGGCGGGUCUGCUGCCCGGCUCCCCCUGCGAGCCGGUGCGCAUCCAGAUGUGCCGUCACAUGCCCUGGAACAUGACGCGGAUGCCCAACCACUUGCACCACAGCACCCAGGAGAACGCCGUCCUGGCCAUCGAGCAGUACCAGGAGCUGGUGGACGUCGGCUGCAGCCCGGUGCUUAGCUUCUUCUUGUGCGCCAUGUUCGCCCCCAUUUGCACCGUGGAGUUUCUCCACGACCCCAUCAAGCCCUGCAAGUCGCUAUGCCAGCGAGCCCGCGAUGGCUGCGAGCCCCUCAUGAAGAGGUACAACCACAGCUGGCCCGAGGGCUUGUCCUGCGAGGAGCUGCCCGUCUACGAUCGGGGCGUGUGCAUAGCCCCCGAGGCCAUCGUCACGGAUCUCCCCGCAGAGGAGGUGAAGUGGAUUGACUUUUCCGAGGACGUGAUGCUCCACGAGAAGCCGCUGCUUCCAGAGUGCAAGAUGCCCAAUCGCUGCAAGUGCAAGAAAGUGAAACCCACGCUGGCGAUUUAUCUGAACAAAAACUACAGCUACGUUAUUCAUGCUAAAAUAAAGAGUGUGGAGAGAGGAAGCUGCAAUGAAAUAACCACAGUGGUUGAUGUGAAAAAUGUUUUGAAAUCUUUGACUCCAGUUCCUCGUGCUCUAAUUCCUCUGCAUACUAAUUCUUCUUGCCAAUGCCCACCUCUUCUGCCAAAUCAAGUUGUACUCAUAAUGUGUUAUGAGUGGCACACCAGGUUGAUGCUACUUGAUGGGUGCUCAGUUGAAAAAUGGAAGGAUCCAUUAGGCAAAAGGUUUAAGCGAUGGGAACAAAGACUCCAAGAACAGAAACUACAAGCAGCUUCUAAUAGAAACCUGAAUGCAAGGAACUCUGGUCACGGUGGGGCACCAAAACAAAACCCAAAGAAAAGCAAUCCUGUGCUCACCAGUCUCAAGAAGAUCAAUAAGCUCAGAAACCACCAGAAAGAAAUUAAUUCUAAAAAAAUAUGAGUUCCACCUUAUUGUCCUGGAGCAAAGCUGACAAGCUGGCCUGAGCAGCCCAUGAACUGCUGACCUCCUUCACCUAAACAUUUCAUGCUGCAAAUUAUUUGCAGCAGUUUAUUUGUAAAAGAUUGCUUUUUCACUUUAAAGCACAGGUAGAGUUUUGCACUAACUUGAGGGAGUUGAUGACACAGCCUACAUUUAGCAUUGCAAGUUAUAG